AGUGUCCGGCCUCGCAGACUGCUAGACGGUUGUGUCUGAUACAAGAGAUACAUUAAUGUUUCACGUACUUCUUAUAGGAUAAAGGAUUAGGUGUGAUAUGUACUGUGUAGUGACUGGCUGUGCUAUUUGAUGUUUGUUUGUGAGGAAGAUAUUCAGAAGCAUUCAUGAUUCAGGAAUCGCAGACUAGUAAUGCAGAGAGAUGGAGCGGACGAGGACCAGAACACAAUAUAGCGUUACAACAGAUCCUCAAACUUCAAGAAGCAAGAGCUCUUCACAAAACUUCGCUUCUGCCCAUCUACAAAAAGAAUGGCCUUCCUUCACCACCUGGAGAUAAUCAUGACUAUGAUCAUAACAAAAGUGAAAACAAACCAGAAACUUACGACCCGCGCGUCCUUGAACAAUUCAAAAUAGAGGCAGAAUUCAGAAAGCUUAUGGAACAAUCAGCAAAAGAUACUCGCAACGAAGAAUCUCUUAAAUAUUUUCAACACAUGAUGGAAGCGAAACAACACUUCGAAUAUCUUAGAAGCAUUCAAGAGAAGCAAAUGAAAUCGUCCGUUGAGAAUGAUAGAUCUGAAAUAAAAAAAGAAAGACUAUCUCCAAUACAAAACAGGUCAUCUCCCAUUCAGAAUAACUCGCCACAUAGAGUUUCUUCAGCGGAACUCUCACCAAAUCAUAGUGUCCGCUUAUCUACCUCAUCUAGCCCCGUCUCAACCACCAGUCCAGUAAAUUCAUCCCCUCUAAGUCAUUUACAAAAUAUGCAGCCUUUUGAUUUUCGAAAACAGAAAUGCAGCGACAAUAAUGAUAAAGAAGAUAAUAGUAAAAUAAAUUACGAAAUGAGUCAUGCAGAAAAAGCCACUAUGGAUUUAAUGAGGAGUCAGUUUUUCAAUUUCCCUCUUCCUGGAAACAUACCAAUUCCACCUAUGUCUAUGCCGUCUACCUUCAAUCACCCUGCUGCAAUGGUAGCUGCAUUAAGUCAAAAUCCUAUGGGUCUUGCAUCGUUACAAGCUCUUAUACCACAGAUGUCUACUAAGCCAGUAGAGUCCAUAGAAAAUAAAUCUAAUAACAUAUCUGGAAAACUAAGACUAGACAAUUUGCGACAAGAUGAAGAAAAUGUACUCAACUUAAGUAAAGAUUCAUAUGAUGCAGCACAAACUUCAAGAAAUUUAUUAUUGGGGAAAUGUAUUACUCCACCUAAGCGACAAUGGGGAGCAUCUCCAAUGCCAUUAAAUUUAGGAACCCAUUUUAUUAACCCUGCUACUGGAAAAAAAAGAGUUCAAUGUAAUGUUUGUUUAAAAACAUUUUGUGAUAAAGGUGCGCUUAAAAUACAUUUUUCCGCUGUACAUCUUAGAGAAAUGCAUAAAUGUACUGUGGAAGGUUGCAGCAUGAUGUUUAGCUCACGACGAUCCAGAAACCGACACAGUGCUAAUCCAAAUCCAAAGCUUCAUUCACCACAUCUAAGAAGAAAAAUUUCUCCUCACGAUGGCAGAAGUGCACAAGCUCAUUCAGUGCUAAUUCCACCCCACUCAGCUGGGCUUAGUAUACCACCUGUAAUCAAUUCCAUGCACCCAUUUGGUUCAUAUCCUCUACUGAAUCCAUCUCAUAACAUGAGACAAUUUGCUUCAAAUGUGCCAUUAGACUAUAAGAACAAUAUAAAUAUAAACUUCGCAUCUGGUAUUGAUCACUCACAUUUACGAAGAGAAUCGGACUCAGUAGAAAAUAAAGAUCAAGAUGGUCAAGGCGAAUCAGAUGAAGAUGAUGGCAUCGUAGUAGUUGCAGGAGAUGACGAUGAUGAAGAUGGUGAACAUAUAGAUACUAGUGAUUAUUAUUCAAAUCUCCACAAAUCAAAUGGAUCAGUCGAUGAUUCAGACACUGAAUAUGAUCAAAGAAGCGUAAGUGAUAAUAAUGAGAAUGUGGAUAAUCGAAAAGAUGAAGCUUGUAAUCCUGAGGUAAAAAGGAAACGGAAGAAUUUGAAUCCAACUAGAUUGCAAAAUAAUCACUCCUAUGAUGAAAAUGUUAAAAAUGAUGACCAAUCAAAAGAACCUCAAACUGAAAGUGAGUAUAAUGCUAUAGACCUCAAAAGAGUCAAAACUGAAAGUCGCGAAAAUAAUGUAGAACAUGUCGAUACACAGGAUAGCGGCGAAAAAGUUGCGAUAAAACAAGAAUUCACGCCUGUAAAAGAAGAACCUACGGAUAUCAAUUACACGGCACAAGACUUAAGAAUCAAAGAAGAACCUGUAGAGAAGUCUGAAAAAUGUAAAACAAAUAAUAACAUUCAAUCAAAUGAGGAUCAGUUUUCAUCAGAAAACGCAUUGAAACGAUUAGAGAGCCUAUCGAAAGGUGAUUUUCCGAAUUUAAAAAAAUCUGACACCCAUAGUUCUAUGGGACCCUUUAAUUUAUCGUUGACGGAAUCAGUAGAUUAUUCAGAUAGAUCCCCGUCUUCGUCAGUGUCAAGUUUCGAUUACGCGACUGAAGAUAAUCACGGCCAAAUAUACGGUCACUUUGACAGCGGUUUUUUCAUAAGCACCGCUGACGUUCCCCUCGAUCAAGACAAUCCUCGACGCUGUGCCGUCUGCGGAAAAAUAUUUCAAAACGUAUAUUUACUGAAAACACAUUACCAAAACUCACAUCUGAAAUUAAUGUACAAAUGUAGUAUUGAUGGCUGCCGAGCAUCUUUUUCAUCAAGACGAAGUAGAGACCGACACAGUGCGAACGAAAACCUUCAUAGGAAGUUGUUAUCCUCCGAAGAUUUAAGAAUAUCUGAUGACACUCCAUCUCGAUUGAUAGAAAAGAUCAGAGAGCAAAUGGAAGUCCUAUCGCGUUUCAAUGAGGAAGAGCGAGCUGUUCCGUACAUAGAAUCUCACAAAUAUUAUAGAGCAAAGGAGUCUGACAAAAUCAGGAAUCAGUUCAAUCAACACAUGCCUUUCAGUCCUCCUUAUCCUCCCCUACAAUUACCAGAAGCCUACCUAAGCAACCGAGACAUGUUCGCACAGCACCCUUUUCUAUUCGCACCAUUUGGAAUGCUUCCUAACUUCCCACCUCUUCCCUUGGGUUUUCUCCCACCUAGUCUCAAUGCUUUCGGUUGUCAGAGCCAAAGUUAUUCCCCACCAUUGCCAAGAAAGCUAAAUUAUUCCAUUGAAGAUGAGGUUCCACGACCAAAUAAAGACGGCACUUAUCCUUGUAGAGGAUGCAGAGAUAAUUUCAAAGAUCUAAAUACAUUGAAACAUCAUUGCGAAACUGUACAUGCUCAAGCUCUACACCGGUGCAAUGUAAAUGGUUGCAACGCUGCUUUCUUUUCGAGGACAAAGAGGAAUAUACACUAUGAAUCCCAUGUGGCGAGACGACAGAACGGCAGGGGUAUUGCAUUAAAUACAUCUUGACCUAAAUGUACAUAAGUUCGAUUAUUAUGAUAAAAAUCUUCAGUGUAUUUUGUGAUGUUAUUUUUAAAUUUACCAAAUAGUUUGUUUGUAACUUUUGAAUUCCAGUACCUUUAAAUUCUCAUAGUUUCCGUUUAGCAAUGGAACGAAGGUAUGGUGUUUCUAGCUAGUGAUCAUUGUAAAUAAUUAUAUAGCAUUUGAGUAAAAAUAAAGAUAAAAAAUAAAUAUUUAAGUGUAUGUAAAUAUUGAUUAGCGUCCUAAAUAAGUGUCCUGUCUGUAAGUUUUUAUAAUGUAAAAAUAAGAAUUUUGACAUUCCAUAGUAAUAAUUUGUGCAAUAAAAAUGUAAAUAAAUAAAUAGUUUAAUAGAAGUGUACAAAAUUAUAAAUAGUUACAAUAUAUACUGUUCAAAGUCGUCUUAUAAUUAAAACUAAAUUAAUAACAUUUGGCUAGACAAGUCUCAAAAAAUAUUUCUUGGCAUUUUCAGAAUCCAUUGUCUUUAUCAGCUGUGUAGCAAUUUUCAAUAUAUAUAUCGUUAUAAUUUAAUUAUCAUUUAUUAGAAUGUUGAUUAACGAAAUGUAAUUAUUCAUAUCUCUUGUAUAUUUGGUGCUAACUAAAAUAAUCCAAUACUAUAAUAUUUUGGCAUCAUUAAGUAACCUGCGCGUGUGAUGUGUAUUUGUAUAUAAACCAAAAAGUAUUAAUGUUUAAGAUAAUAAAUGAAGUUGUAAUAAAAAGCAUGUUAUCUUCCUCUUGCCAAACGACAAUGUAAUAAAAUGUU